AUGGCCAUGGUCGAUUCCCCAGAGCUUCCUGAGCGCCUUGGGUGGUUCUGCUGCAACCGACGGGCCCGGGCAAUUAGAGUGCCAUCUCGAGGUGAUGAGAAAACCCAGAUGGCCGAGAUCCCGCCUCAGCCAGAAGAAGCUGAUGCAGAUGAACCUGGUGAAGGUGAGGCUGCUGAGGAGGAGGAGGAGGCGGAGGCAAUGCAACCAUCACCCCUGAACAGAGCAGAACGUCCAGAUGCUGAGACGGGAAGCAGCGGCUACUUUUCCAACUCAAACAGUUCGCGAAGCGAUAGUGACGCCAGCGACCCCUGUUUCUGGAAACCCAGAAGAGUCCAGAGUAGUGAUGGCAGUGUGACAUCUGCAACAAGCUCCGAGUAUUGGCAGGCCGAAGCUCAAAAACAGGCUGAACUUGAAAGGCAGACAGCGCAGGUUCCCUUGACUGAGGCUGGGAAGCCCACAUCCGUAGGGAGCAUCAACCAUCCAAAUGGUUGCUGUCCAUGUAUGUUCUUUGCCAAGCCGUCUGGAUGCAUACGCGGGGUGCAAUGUGAGUUUUGUCACUUCCCGCAUCAAGUCAAUGUCAAGAAGCACUUGUCUGCACAGAGGAGUGCAGCAUCUCGAAACGGAACGGCACGAGGCCAGCUGUACUCGACGGGAUAG